AUGGAGAUGCACCGUCCUCAAUUCAAACAAUUGGAUGAGCUCAAGCAGACAACGGUUUCAGGCUCCGCGGCUACUCCGCGGGUGCUGGAUGAGUUCCGGAUCGAAGGUCCUAACGGCUCCCAUCCUUGCUACACCACAGCUCCUGCGCUCUGUAGCCGUCGGGAGAGCUCAUUCAGCCGUUUUUUUCGCCUUGACGUUGCUCGUGCACUAGCUUACGAGCUGACUCUUGCCGUUGCCUACGUGCAUUCAGUUGGCUACGUUCACGGAGAUAUUCAUCUUCGUAAUGUGCUGGUUCGUGCGCAAAAGGAGUUCAAUAAACCAUCCGUGGCACAAUUUCGCGAGGAAUACGGUGAACCCGAUUCAUACCCCAUCAGACGAUGA